GGUCCUUCGCUUGUGGAAAAUGGCCGACGUCGAGAUGGAUAUCGCGUCGAGUAGAAUGAAUAAUUUCAACGAGCACGUGAAACAGGAAAUGGAAAGUCACGAGAGAAGCGGCAAUGAGGACAGUGGAGACGUGUCGGAGGAAGAGGAGGAAGAAGAGGAGGAGGCCGAGACCAACGGCGAAAAGCCCGAGGAGGCCGCCAAGCAGCACAGCAGCAGUGGCGGCGGCAAACACAAGAGGAAAAAACACAAGCAUCGCAGCAAGCACAAAAAACAUAAGCACGCCACGGAGGAGGACAAGGAGCGCAAGCGCAAGCAUCGCCACAAACACAGGAAACACAAGCGCAACAAGGAGGGCGCCACUCCCUCUGCCGCCGCCAUCUUCGCCUCCUCCGCCCAAAGGAAAGGCGAAAGCUCCCCCUCCUCGGGCAACCCCGGCCUGGACGACCGGGCCCUGUUGGAGGACCUGGAGAAGCAGAGGGCCAUGAUUAAAGCCGAGCUGGACAGCCAGCUGAUGGAGGGGAGAGUUCAGUCGGGCAUGGGCCUCAUCCUGCAGGGUUACAACUCCGGCUCGGAAGAGGACGGAGGAGAAGCUCGGGUCAGAAAUGGAGAACAGCGCCAGAGGGGCACCUCAGGGAAAGUCAUCUCCCCCCGUGCGGGGGGAGGUGGUAAAUCCAGACGGGACUCCACAGAGGGCAGUAAAACCGCCUCCAAGCGGCACAGCCCCAGUAAGAAUACGGAGCGGCCCACUAAGGAUUCCAAACAGGACAAGGUGAGCAAAAGCAGCAAGGACGCUGGCGUUAAAGAUAGAGGCCGCGCCAGGAGCGCCUCAAAGGAGAGAAAACAUUCAGAGAGCACUGACAGGUCCAAGGAGAGGAGCAAGAAGUCCCCCUCGGAGCAGAAAAGCGGCCGCGCCGACAAACAGCGCACCUCCUCGCAUCGGGACGAGCGGCCGGCGCAGGAAAAAGCGCGGCCGCGAUCCCGGUCGCCCGGUCGCGAGCGGCCCGGUCGCUCCGACGUCGCGCGAGACAAAAGACCGACCAAGUCUCCGUCCAAGGACGCGUCGUCCGGCAAGGAGAACCGCUCGCCGCACCGACGGCCGCAGCGCAGCCCGCUCAGGAGGCGCAGCGCCUCGCCUCGGCUCAGAGACGCGCGCCACGCUUCGGCCGGCGGCGCCGACCGGACCAGAGCCAGGUCGCCGCUGCCGCCGCCCAGAAGGGGGCGCUCGCCGGACGGCCGGAGGAGAGAAGCCGACAGGCAGGAGUCGCCAAUCAGGAAACGACUGCGAGCGGAACCCGGGCCGGGUCGAGACCGCUCGCGAGACAACAGCCCCCCGGCGCCCUCACGCCGCCGGGUGAGCCGCUCGCCGCUAAGACGCCGCUCCCCUUCGCCGCGCCGACGCUCCCGCUCGUCCCCCCGCAGACGGAGCAGGUCCCCACCGAUGCACAGGUCUGGCGAUAGAGACCGCUACGGGAGGCUUCGGCAGUACCGGCGCUCCAUGUCGCGUGACCGGGACAGGAGGCGGCGGCGCAGCAGAGACGAAGACAAGUUCAAGGGAAGCCUCUCAGAAGGCAUGAAGGUUGACCAGGAGUCCUCAGAAGAAGACAUGCUGGAUGAUUUUGAUGGCGAGGAGGUGGAUGAAGAGGCCUUGAUUGAACAGCGCCGACAGCAGCGCAUGGCCAUCGUACAGAAAUACAAGGCGGCGAGCGAGGACACCAACAUGGUGUCGGAGCCCAGCAGCCCGCAGAGCAGCACGCGCAGCCGCUCGCCGUCGCCCGACGACAUCCUGGAGCGCGUCGCCGCCGACGUCAAGGAGUACGAGCGCGAGAACCUCAACACCUUCGAGGCCAGCAUCAAGGCCAAGCACAACCUCAUCGCCCAGGAGAAAGACGGGGCCAACCCGAAGAAGCCGUCGGCGCCAGACAUGUUCACCGAGUCGGACGAUAUGUUCGCCGCUGACUUUGAUAGUGCCCGGAUGAGAGCCUGCGGUGUCGGCAAGGACUUCAAGGAGAACCCCAACCUCAGGGACAACUGGACCGACGCCGAGGGCUACUACAGGGUGAACAUCGGCGAGACGCUGGACAAGCGCUACGACGUGUACGGCUACACGGGCCAGGGCGUGUUCAGCAACGUGAUCCGAGCCAGAGACACCGCCAGGGCCGGCCAGGAGGUGGCGGUCAAGAUCAUCCGGAAUAACGAGCUCAUGCAGAAGACGGGCUUGAAGGAGCUGGAAUUCCUCAAGAAGCUGAACGACGCCGACCCCGACGACAAGUUCCACUGCCUGCGUCUCUUCAGACACUUCUACCACAAGCAGCAUUUGUGUCUGGUCUUUGAGCCGCUCAGCAUGAACCUGCGCGAGGUGCUGAAGAAGUACGGCAAGGACGUGGGUCUGCACAUCAAGGCCGUGCGCUCCUACAGUCAGCAGCUCUUCUUGGCCUUGAAGCUGCUCAAGCGAUGCAACAUCCUGCACGCCGACAUCAAGCCCGACAACAUCCUGGUGAACGAGUCCAAGACCAUCUUGAAGCUGUGCGACUUCGGCUCGGCGUCGCACGUGGCCGACAACGACAUCACGCCCUACCUGGUCAGCAGGUUCUACCGAGCGCCGGAGAUCAUCAUCGGCAAGCCGUACGACUACGGCAUCGACAUGUGGUCGGUGGGCUGCACGCUGUACGAGCUCUACACGGGCAAGAUCCUCUUCCCGGGCUCGUCCAACAACCACAUGAUCAAACUGGCCAUGGACGCCAAGGGCAAAAUGCCCAACAAGAUGAUCCGCAAAGGGUUGUUCAAAGACCAACACUUUGACCAGAACCUCAACUUCCUCUACAUCGAAGUGGACAAAGUAACGGAACGGGAGAAGGUGACGGUGAUGAGCACCAUCAACCCCACCAAAGACCUCCUGGGCGACAUGAUCGGCGGCCAGCGGCUCCCCGAGGAGCAGCGCAAGAAGGUGAUGCAGCUCAAGGACCUCCUGGACGCCACCCUCAUGCUGGACCCCGCCAAGCGCAUCAGCAUCAACCAGGCGCUGCAGCACCCCUUCAUCCAGGAGAAGAUUUGAAUGCCAACCAAAACACGGAGACUUGCUUUUCUUUGUGUCUUUUACUGUAAAUACCACAUGGUAGCGUACCUUUUUUUUUUUUUCUUUCUUUUUUUUUUUUUUUUUUUUAAAGAGGCCCAAUCAUUGUACACUUGCACAGUGAUGGCUUAAAUUAAACGGCAUGAGACACGUGUAAAUAAUGUACAUCGACGUGCAUGUGUUCAAACGUUCCAUGUACAAAUGGCAAGUUUGGAAUAAUCUUUUUUUUUUUUUAAGCACUGCGGUGUGCUUGAAGUGCCUCCUGUUGGCGCCUCCUCGUAUGACACCCGACCACCUUCCUCCUCCUCCUCUUCCUCCUCUUGUACAAAAAUGCCCUCGUGAUGAUUCUUUCAUUCCCCCGUUCACAAAUAGAUGGUUUGGUCCGAUCUUGUGUUUUCUUUGAAGACUUCAGUAGUUGCUCCCAGAGAGCACCUUCACUAUACUUUUUAGUAAUAAAAAUAUUUC